GUAGGAGGAGAGAGAGAAAGGCAGUGAGAGAGAGAAACGGAGAGAGAAACAGUCUGGCAGACACAUGGCCAGUGACUGAGAAUCUUGCUCUCAGUACACUGUGUCUUUUACCGGUUGAGUUACUUCAGAGGACCAGGGCUGUGUGUGUGUGCGCGUGUGUGUGUGUGUACCUCCAUUUGCUCACCUAACGCCCCACACACAUUAAAACACACUUGGGAUUACCAACCUCACGGUGAAUUCUGCCUUUGUUUUUCCAGGAUGGCUGAAGCUGAACUUCAUAAGGAAAGGCUCCAAGCCCUUGCGGAAAAACGGAAAAGACAAGCUGAGAUCGUGGACAAAAGGCGACAGCUCGAUGAACUUGUUUUGCAACUUCAACAUUUCAAGUCUAAAUCUAUGAGGGAGAGAUGGCUUCUACAGGGGACACCAGCCGGACCACAAGAGGAAGAAGAAUGCCGCAGGAAACAAGUUGAGCAAGAUGAACUUCAAGUAAAAAAACUGGAAGAUUGCAUUCAGAGAUUAGAAUCAGAAAUCUGUCUUUUGGAGAACGAAGAAUCCCAGAUUUCAGCUAAAGAGCAGGUUCUCCGAGAGAGACUGCGGGAAACAGAGAGAUCUAUUGAAGAUCUACAGAAGAGUCUUCAGAAUCCAGAUGGAGAUGCAGUGAAUUACAACUGCUCCCAGAUCCCAGACCUCCCAGAAUUCAACACCCAAACUUCUGUCUCAGCUUCAGGGGAUCAACAACACCCAAGAAAAUCUGCAUUAUACGCCAUGGAGAUCAACGUCGAAAAGGACUGGAAAACCGGUACCACCAAGAUCCUCUCAACCUCAGCAGUCAGCCCACAGGAAGCACACCAGCGGGGGGUCAAAGUCUACGAUGACGGUCGAAAAGUAAUCUACGAGGUGCGUUCUGGGGGAUCUACUAUGAUGGAGAAUGGAAUGCAUGCCUGGGGUUCCGGUGAAGUGGACGAACUAAUGCAUCAAUAUGGCCAGACACACCAGCAAGGAGAUGGUGCCAGGAUAACUUUAACACCAGCUGAGCCACAAACAAUGGAAGGACAGUUGAUUUCUAAGGAGCAGGUGGUGCACAAGAAGGCCAAGCAAGACAAGAAACAAAUUUCCAGUAGAGCCCCGCAAAGUUAUGAAAGUAAAUUCACCGAGAAUCCACAGGCAUCAGCCGAGAAACCAGUGACCAUGAUCUUCAUGGGCUAUCACAACAUUGAAGACGAGGAGGAGACAAAGAAGCUCCUUGGCUUUGAUGGCACCAUUAAGGCCGAGAUUGUCCUUAUUGACGAGGAUGACGAAAAAUCCCUUCGAGAGAAGACCGUCACUGAUAUCUCCACUAUUGAUGGCAACGCUGCAGACCUUGUGUCGGGCCGACCUUUGUCUGAUACCACUGAACUUUCUUCAGAGGGCAAAGACGAUAGCUCGGCCAAAGACCUGCCACCUACAGGCAGUGAGAAGGCGCGUUCAGUGCUGUUGACCACAGAGAAUGGACUGUAUCCUGCAGUGACUGCACGUUCUUCAGAUGCACUGAAGUCCCCUGAACUCUCAGAGGAUGACAGUGAACUGAAAAGAGAGAGAAGCCUGAAGACUGUCAGUUUUUUGGAUUUUGUGAGUGUGAUAUCUGGCGACGAGAGUGGCAUGGAGCUAGAAUCUCAGACUGAGAGCCAGCAAAGUUAUGCCAACCCUGGGCAGAACAGAAUAAGACACAGGGGAGAAGGACUGGACAGUGAAGUUGCCCAGGAAAUCCUCUACCUAGAUGAGGUCAUUGAGGCCAACUGUUGUGACAGUGGGGCCGAAAUGACCACAAAUGGUUCGAGUUCCCCUGAGAUUAAGCCAAUUAGGGUGGAUGGAACUGGACCAUCUGUUAAUACUCAUGACACAUCUCCUAUACACAAUCAUGAAGUUGUUUCAGAAGGGAAAAAGCAAACCACUUUUGUUGAUGACAACUUCAACAUCAAGCCCAAUGGUCAUACAGCAAUGAUGGGUAACAACUGUGCAAGGUCACCAGAGUCACCGAGGACCACAGACAAGAAAGAGGCACGUUUUGAGCUUAGACCAUUUCACGAGGAGAAAAAACCAGCAAAACUAUUUGACACUCCAAAAGAGAAAGAAGUUCGGGUGAAGAAGGUCAGACCUUCAGAGGAGGUUGCAGAACUAGAAAGGGAAAGGCUUGAGCUCAUACGGGGCCAGGCAGUCAAGAAAAAUCCUGGAAUUGCAGCAAAAUGGUGGAACCCUCCUCAGGAAAAGACACUGGAAGAGGAGCUGGAGCCAGAUCAACUGGAGUCACUCAGAAAAUAUGAAGAGCGGAAGCAGAGGAGACCAGACACCCACCGUAUUCCACAGGCUGUACCCAGACAACCAACUUCCUUUAUCCAACCAGAAGUAGGAAAUAAGCAGGAUGUUGUCACAGAAGAGAUCGACUUUUCUGCAGCACGCAAACAGUUUUUGCAGAUGGAGCACAGCAAGCAGGCUGCAGCUUCAAAGAAGAAUGUGGCACCACAGCUUUACUCUGCCAAACCUUUCUUCAGGCCUCAAGAGGUCAUGCAUAUAGAGAGACCAUGUGGUUCUGUCACAGCUGCCAAUCAAGAAGGGGUCACAUCAUAUGAUGAUGGUGAUGAUGAAUUUACCACAGUCAAAGCUGAGAAGAUUUAUUGCUGCUCUGGAGAAUCCGCCAUACCAACCAAAGAUGGUUUGGCUCAGAAUGAGAUGAAUGAUGAUUUUACUUGUGCUCGGGCAGUGAUGACGUUUGUGAAGGAUGAGGAUUCUGAUUUGUGUCAACGUUCUUUGAACAGCUCCUACCAUAUGGAAGAAAUUGACUCUGGGUUAGAUGACCUGUCGCUACGGUCUCAGGACACCACUGUACUUGAGACACUAUCCAAUGACUUCAGCAUGGACAACAUAAGUGACAGUGGCGCGUCAAAUGAGACCAUGAGUGCCUACUUGGAAAACUCUCUUGGGGAGUAUUCCUUCCCCUCAACUCCAAUGGCCACUACACCAAUCAAUGGGAAACAUGAAAGUGAUAUCAAAUCUCCAAGUGAGCAGUGUGGUUCUUAUCAGGGACAUGGCUUGAUGGAGGAAGAGCUGGAAUACCAUGCUGGUAUUCUUGUCCAAAAUGCUAUCCAGCAAGCCAUUGCCCAACAGAAUGGAAAUUGGGAGCCACUUCAGUCUACCCAACAGUCAUCUCCAGUCCCAGAAAAACAUGUAGAAAUUGUUCCAUUUCAACCUCAACUUCUCGAGGAGAAAUGUUCUUUCAUGCCAUCUCCUAACGUGCCAUCACCUCAGGAAGAGGAGAAAACCAUCACUCCUCAAAUUACUGUAGUUCAGGCAGCCCCAGUUUUGCCAGUGAACACUUACAAGCCUCCUAGCCCCUCUCCACCACCAAGUGAGAAACCAGAAUUCAGUUAUUUCAGUAAGUACUCUGAGGCAGCAGAGCUCAGGAGCACCGCAGAUGUUUCUCGUGCUCAGAAAGUGGAAGUCACCUCAGGGCCAUUCAAGCUGCGAUCACGCAAGCAAAGAACCCUGUCCAUGAUCGAAGAGGAGAUUCGGGCAGCCCAGGAGCGUGAGGAAGAGCUGAAGAGACAACGAAAGGCACAAACCUUGUACCCACCCCAUACACAGAAGCAGAAGACCAGCAACCAGCCAAGCAAGUUAGUCCUUACUGGGAAGACAGCCCCAGGUAAGAUUGAGAAGGUUCGUCCGGUUCCUCCAGCUUCACCAUGUUCUUCGGAUGGAGCUCUGCCCUCUCCGCUCUCUGAUCUGGGCAGUGAUGACUCUGGAGGACAGCGACCAAAGAACUUCAUGCAGACUAUGAUGGAGGACUAUGAGACACAUAAAGUCAAGCGUCGAGAAAAAGGAGAGGACAACAGUGUUCUGGAAGCAACACGUGUCACUCGGAGAAAAAGUAACAUGGCCCUAAAAUGGGAGGCGGGAAUCUAUGCCAACCAGGAAGAUGCUGAGGAAGAGGAAGAGGAAGAGGAGGAAGAGUAAACAAAAAUGUCCUUCUGCGCUGAAGAUAUUGAGAAACCUAGCGAAAUCUGGAGGGAAAUUGUGCAACAGAAAAAACACAAGUAUUUAUUGGGAAUUCAAAAUCCAACAUCAAUUCACGUCUCUCGUAAGGUCAAGACUGUCUGUUUCUGGAGCUCGCGGGACAUUUUUUUCUCUCGAAAGCCGAAGCAAAGACAACGAAGACCAGAGAUACUCUAAUGCUUUCUUUUUCCACUAUCAAGUUAUUGCUUUUUCUUUUGUACUGAUGCGUUUGGAGACAAAGGGGAAUGUGCAAAGUUUGUUGACAAUGAUUUUGAGGAUUUUUGGCAUUAAUGUGUGUGGAUCACAUUGCAUUUAAGAGUUAAACUUAACAGAAAUGAAAAGGUUAUUGAAUGGCUAGGAAUGUUAUAAAGAAGAAUGGGACAUUUGACAGUGUUUAGUUGCUGAAGAUUAUGCCUGGAGCUUUGAUUCUGAUGACUGUGAUUUACAUCUAGUGUGAUUCAAACUAGACCUGAGAUGAUUGUGUGAGAUUAUUCACUACUCAUCUCUUGAGUAUCUUGUUUGAUCAGGUUUGGUGGCAUUUAUAGGAAGUGAGAGAACAUUUUAAAAGGAUAAAUAAAAGCAGGGCACAAGUAUGUAAACUCCAAGAUUCAGGGGGCUUGUUUGUAAAGACUUUGUAAAGCUGAAGACCAGACAUCUGUUUGCUCAGUCAAACUCUAUGACCUCCGGAGGUAGUAAUGCUUUUGACCCAUUCCGCAUUAACAAAGACAGGAAAUGCUUGUGAGAAGGAUGAGGAUGUUAUUGUUGUUUGGAGUUGAAGGCAUCUGUGUUUGGCUUGAAGUUAUAGCAUAAGAUGCGGUGUAGUGCAGUUUUAAGAAUGCUUGAUGGUUGAUUAAAUUAUGUAGGUUUUUUUGAGAAUGUUUGUGUUGUUUUAUAUAUGAUGGUGACUGACUGUGUGAGUGUAUAACGUACUAGGGCUCAAGCCAGUCAUUGGGCAAGACAGUAAAAUAUGUUAUAAAAUAUAUUAUAUAUAAAUGGUAACACUAAGUUAAUGUACUCUUUGUUAAGGGUUUAUAAAAGGGUUAUUAAUGACUAAUAAGUCAUUUACAAAUGUGUUAUAAAUCAUAAAUAUGCAGUUACAACUACUUGAACAAAAAAGGGCCACGUUCAUGCAAUACUUGCCAAAGAGUGAGCAUCAUGUUAUAAAUGCUUUAUAAAUACACUUAUUCAUACUUAUAUUAAUUAAAAACACAAAAAGUCCUUAUUCCUGAUUUCUUGUAAUGCAGCAAAAAUAGAUUGUUAUAGUGAUAUUAAAAGGAGAGAUUAUGCCAUUUUCCUAGUCUUCUUUGUGUUUACAUUAAUUUUGUAAUGUCUUGAAUCACUUGUGUUGUCACUUUCCUUGCCAAACAAAAGAAUUGUGCUACUCUCAGUGGUCUCGCCUAGUCCUAGUUACCUAAAGGCUUUUUUAGUUUUCAUCCUCAUUCACGGUACAUUUCAUAUAAUAAAGCCUGAUGACAAUAGAACCAUACUUAACAUUAUGUACAUAAGUUUCUAAUGUUAGCAAAUCUUUAAUAAAUGCUUUAUGUGUCCACUACAUUAAGGUACAUUUUAAUAGGUAUAAAUAAAGUGUUAUUAGACAUUUAUAACAUGUGAGGUAAAAUAGGCUCACUAUUUGGCAAGUAUUGCAUCAUGAAGACAGUUGUUAUAACAGCAUAUAAAUCAUUUAUAAUGCAUUUGUAAAUGAGUUAUUAAUCAUUAAUAAACCUCUUUAUAAACCCUUAAGGAAGGGAACAUUAACAUUAAGUGUUAACACAAAAAUGAGUGGAAAGAACAAGUUAUAACAUUAUAUCUCUGAGAUGUUACUGAGAAGGAUGACUUAAAUAUGCAAGUAUUUACUCUGCCGAAUUGUUUAACUGACUUUCCAUCAAUCUUUAUUUAAAAAGGUGAAAACAUUUCUUAAGCCAUUACAAGUAGAUUUUGCAAAUGCAAUUUUGUAAAUUACCAUUGUUUAACUUUUAUUACAAUCACUUAAUUGAUCAUUAUCUACACAUAAAUGUAUGUAAUGUGGGGUUUUUUUUUUCUUGUUUCCUGUUGUAAAACAAAACAAUCAAAAAUAAGUUUAAAAUAUGUUAUAAAAUGUGAUCAGUUGAAAGAACAAGCAACUAAACAGGACAUUGACAUCAGUGAUGGGCCUUCAAGAAGCGAAGCGUCAAGGACAAAUACAAGGACAAAUAUGUCAUCUAUAUUUAAUCUUCAACUUGUAUUUUUUGCCUUUGGCAUAAUACAAUGGUCAAGCAAUGAAUGAAGACAAUCCUGAGAGCAUCAUUAGACAAAUGUACACUAAAAAUAUGUAACAAAAUGAUUUAAUGAACUGCUGUCCUUUUAUGAGUAUAUGUGAAGUAUUUGUAUUCUCUGGAUUAGUUUGGCAUAUAGUAGUGCAUAGAAAAGAUCCUUCAUUGCAAAAAAGAAAAGAAUAGAAACAAUAACAGUUAUGUAUUAUUACUAUUAUAACUUGUGGGAAAUAUAUAAGGUUAAUCCAACAGAUUUUUGAAUAUUUCUGCAAAGGAUGCAUCAUCUUUAUUCAAUGGACUCAUUCAGACAUGCAGAUCUUUAAAUACUGAGUGAUUUUCUGAAAUGUUUAUUUGUUUCGAUGCGUGAUGUGUUUUACUCAAGAGCGGGAUAUUGGAUUUUUACUUGCAUUCUUUGAUAUAUGAGAUAUGACUAUGGUAAGCAAUUUAUCAGAAUUUUAUGAGGGGAAAUAUUUUUUAUUUGAGCAGUAUGAUACAGUAUUACAGUAUUCCUAUGAAUGGAAAAUAGUUUUGGAAAAAGGGCUGGCGUUUAGUACUAUUUACUGCACAUUUAUUCAAAUAUUAUAUACUGUGUUGUGUGUAUUUGAGGGCCAAGUAUGCAUAUAUGUAGAGAUUUCAUUAGUGGGGUUGUUUGGUAUUGGGGCUGUCACAUUACUAGCACAGUAUUGAUCGUGAAGCUUCAGGUUUUGUAUCAUGACAUUUGCAGCAUUCACAUUAAAUGCAAAGUUAACUUUAGAUUCCCUAAAGAUGGCACGCUUUUAUACUAUCUGAGAAAUGGACAUAAAAUGGUUGAUUUUAUGUCAUAAAAGCUCAAUUCUAAGAAAUAAAUCAAUGUUCAAAUUUGUAAUACAAUAGGAAAAAAUAGCUUUUAGUAUAGAAUAUUAGAAAUGGAUCAAUGUUACCAUUUUUAAUGUGUAAAAGUAUUAGGGCAAAAGUUUGAUGUGCAUUUACUUGGCAAUAAAUCAUAUGGUAGGUUUAAUAGUUCUCAAUUAUACUGUAAGCUUCUAGUCAAACGUUCCAAACCUUGUCGGUGUGCAUGCAGACGAUUGAAUUACAAGUACUUAAUCUACUGCAAAAGAUCUGUAAAUUUGAUGAAAGACAGCCUAUGCUUUUCCAAAAAAGCCUUGCCUUCAAUUGCAUCACAUAAAGUAUUAAUUUCUUUCCCACAGUACAGUGUUUUUUAUUUUUUACUUUUGUGGUAACACCAAAAAUAUGUUGCACGUUUUGCUUUUGUUGUUUAAAUACUUCCUUAAAGACAGGAAAUCACAGUUUUAACAAGUGUUCUUUGAGAGGAAUAUUGAUAUGGGUGUGAGGAUGCAAUCAUGCUUUCAACAUCCCUCUGUUGACAUGUUAACCACUUAUUGUAUGUUAAAAUUCUGCUUAUAUUGUUUUAUAGUAAUUGUAUGUCUCACUCUUACACACACAUAUAUUAUUAUUAUUAUUUUCUCAUUAAAAAGAAAAUCUUUCAAAAUCGAAAUUCUUUUAAUGACUCA